CCCAAUUAGUGCGAUUAAAACCCCUCCCCCCAGCAUUCCUUUCCAUUCCAUUCCAAAACGGAGGAAACCCCAGCAGCAGUAGUUGUAGGAGUCCUCCUUGCUUCUUCUUCUCGUCCUUAACUGGAACCCAACUCGAUUCUCAACUAACCAUUCAACAAAGUAGCUAUCCAAAUGGGAAGCCCUGAUAGUCGGGUUGCUUCCGAUUCCGCCGACACCACAUCCAAGAAUGACUCUGAAGACGACGACGACGAAAAUGGAGUCCACAGCCCGCCUUCCCAUCCCUGUCCUUUCUCCGAAGGAGAGAAGGUCCUCGCUUUUCAUAGCUUUCUCAUAUAUGAAGCUAAGGUGCUGAAAACAGAAUAUCAGUUGAAAGAAUGGAGAUGUUAUGUUCAUUACCUUGGAUGGAGCAAAACUUGGGAUGAGUGGGUAGGACUUGAUCGAUUACUGAAGUUUACUGAAGAGAAUGUGCAGAAACAGCUGGAACUCAAUGAGAAGCGAGGGACUGACAAAAAGGCAGCUCGAGCAUCCCAGAUUAAACCCAAGAAUGUGGUAAAAGGGAGGAAGCGAAAGAAUGAUGCUAGUAAGGAAAAGAAUGCCGUGAACGUUGAAAAGCUUGUGAGCAUACAGAUUCCACUUAAACUAAAGAAGCAACUAGUUGAUGACAGUGAGUUUGUAACGCAUCUUGGGAAGUUGGUAAAGCUCCCUCGUACGCCUAAUGUAGAAGAUAUCAUGAAGAAAUAUCUUGAAUACAGGCUGAAGAAGGAUGGAACGAAAGAUGAAUCCGUUGGAGAAAUAGUGAAGGGGCUGAUUUGUUACUUUGAUAAAGCACUACCCGCGAUGCUUCUAUACAAAAGCGAGCGCCAACAAUAUGAAGAGUUGAUUGUUCAUGAUGUCUCCCCAUCUUCUAUAUAUGGCGCCGAACACCUUCUACGUCUAUUCGUUAGGUUGCCUGAGUUGUUGUCCCAAGCCAAUAUUGAAGAGGAGACUUUGACGGAACUGCAGCAGAAGUUAGUUGACUUGCUCAAGUUUUUAAGGAAGAAUCAGAACACAUUUUUCUUGUCAUCGUACCAUGUGCCUGAGAAUAUGGAAACAAGCACCAACAAUGCCGAUGACUAAAACAUGCAAUCAUGUUUAGAUCAAAUUAGCUAUUCAAGCCUUACCCGGUUGUGGCGGCUUUUCGUAUCAUUGUAUAGAUUUCUAUGUCGUCUAAACUUCACUGCGAACCCGUUAAUGUUCUCAUCACUGCGUUUCUGCAGAGCACUAUAUCAAAUUCCAGCACUUUUAACUUCUUUUCCCAA